UGGUCGGGUAAAAUACCGGACCGGGGCCGGUAUUGUCGUCGGUCGGGCCAAAUUUUCGAAUGCGUUUUUCCGCGUCGCGUGACGAAUUUCCCGAACCCUCCCACCACCCUUCUCGUCGCUGCAAGGUGUGUGCGUGAGUGCGAAUUUUGGGGAAAAGGAGGUGUUUUCCCGAAUAGAUGCGGGGGAAAAACAGCUGAUUUCGUAACAGUUACCUGGGGGAACGGCACGGAUUUCCGCGCAAAAGGUCGCGGACAGUUUGCAAAACAAUAAAAAAUCCACUUGUAAGGAUUCGAAGGGGAUUUGCGUUCGUCCUCCCCUCCCUGCCACAGGAUUAGCUUCGUGGAUGACGGCGAAAAGCUGCUGAAGUGGGUGGUGGUCAGAGUUAUAAGAUAAGAAAAGAGACAAGGACGAAUAAUCGCAUCAAAUUAAAUCUGAUUAAUUGAAGCAAACUGUUUUGCCGCUGCUGCACCAGUUCAGAAAGUGGGUCGUCGAGGGGAUUUUCCCUCGUGGGAACAAACGAAACGAAGAUUGCGAAAAUAAAAUCGAGUGAAAAGUGCAGCCAGAACUGAGGGGGAACAGCUAGUAGUUUUCCACUUUUCCCGAGGAAGGAUUAAUUAGACUCGUUCUAGCAGCGACUAAUCUGAGAAAAUAAGAACUUUGCAAACAUCAAAACCUAACCUCAAAAAAGUCUACAAAAUUGGUGUGACAAAGUCUCGCCAAAAAGAAAGCAAUUUUUUUGUGUCAGUGUCGUGAAAAAUUAUGAUGGUCGUCGUCGUCGUGUGAAUAAAUUUCGUCGAAGGUUCGACCCUCGGUGGCCGGAAAUGAAAUUUAAGUGAAACGAGCUCGUUUUAUUCCAUUCUUCUGUUGUGACGAAGCAGAGGAAAAAUCGUCGCAUCUCAAAACGAAGAAAAGUGGAAAAAUCGCCGAAAGGAAAUCAUCUGAUUCACGAGAGAGAGGAAAAAUUAACCGGAAAUCCGGCCCUAAAGUGUGUGUGAUUUAGUGGAAAAUUAAAUUUGAGGUCACUCAGUCAUUGUCAGUGUGGCGUUGACGUGAAAUUUCUCCCUGCGUGAAAAGAAGGAGUGCUGCUGCUGCUGCUGCUGCCGUGGGAGGAAAACAAGAUAUCCAGCAUAAAUCCGCACACCGUCAGCUGGCUGGAAGCGAUGCGCCAACAUGUGUGUGACAACAAGCCCCACGAUGUCGGUCGGGCCAAGUGAGCCGGAAAAUUUUUCCCCUGCUCCGGAAAAGCCACUUUUUAUCAAUAUUCACAAAACGAUAAAAAUAAGAAUAAAACAUAAUCUCCGUAAUUGAACUUGCUAACAUUUGUCAGCACAAAAAACUUCCCUCCCCGAAAGCGACGUGGCAAACUCACGUGGAAAACACCGGAAAAGUCCCACGGUCCCACGUGCUUGUAUCGAUGCAGUCCAUCACACCGGGUUUCCCUCCCUUGCUGAGCAGCAUCAACCAACCAUAAAAUAAUAAUCAUAAUAAUAACAAUAGUAAUAAUAGCAAUCUCCCCAAAGUCGUCAACGAAUACAACGAUUUCAACCGGUGUGUGUUUUCUGUGUGGGGGUGGUGAAAAAUCUGAAAAAAAAAAGAAAAAUCCAACGCCAUCCGGAAAAGUCAGUGUGCAACAGUGAGCAGUUUGUGCUUGUGUGUGUUUGAAAGUGGGUGGUGAUUGGAAAAAUCCAAGCAAAAAAAAGCUAAACGCGAAAAAAGAAAAAGUGUGCAGAUUCAGCUCCCUUCCACCCACCUUGGGGGUUGGGUCGCGAUGGAAAAAAUGAAACACCGCCGUGGCGUCGCAUUCAAAUUUAAUCAAGUGUUGCACAUUAUAUUUAUUAAUAUAUUUAUCGCGCAUUUCACACUCGGAUUACAGCAAACGGCGGCGACGACGGCGGCCGACAAGGAGAAACAUGUGAAAUCAUCCGAGAUUCAGGCGGUCGAGGGACGGAAAAUCUCUCUGCCGUGUUCAUUAUCGGCUCCGUCCAGAGAUAAGGUCUACAUGGUGCUGUGGUUCAAGGACGAUGCCGGCAUCCCACUUUACAGCUUCGACGUCCGGGGGAAACCUCUGCAGCAGGCCCGCCACUGGUCCGCGCCGGAGAGUUUCGGACCACGGGCCCACUUCAACACCGACGCGGAUCCGGCCACGCUGGACAUCCAGGAUGUUCGACGACAUGACGAGGGUGUCUACCGCUGUCGCGUUGACUUUCGGACCAGUCAAACGCAGAGCUUUCGUUACAAUCUCAGCAUCAUCAUUCUUCCCGAGCAUCCGGUAGUGCUGAACCAGUGGGGCCAGCAGCUGAACAGCUCCAAGCUUGGACCCAAGGAGGAAGGCGAUGACAUCGUGCUGAACUGCAGGGUCGUUGGAGGUCGACCGCAGCCCUCGGUCAAGUGGCUCAUCAACGGCAUCCUGGUGGACGAACAGAACGAGCACAACUCGGGCGACGUCAUCGAGAAUCGGCUGCUGUGGCCGGCGAUCCAGCGCUCCGACCUGAACUCGGUUUUCACCUGCCAGGCGACGAACACGCAGCUCGCCGAACCGAAGGAGAGCAGCUAUGUGCUAGAUCUGCACCUGAAACCGCUGAGCGUCAAGAUCGAGAACCCACCAAUGCCGCUGGUGGCCGAUCGGCGGUACGAAAUCUCCUGCGAAAGUGUCGGAUCGAGACCGAACGCCAUCAUUACCUGGUACAAGGGGAAGCGCCAGCUGCGACGGUCCAGGGAGGAAAGCCUCAACAACACCACCCGGUCCGAGCUGAGCUUCGUGCCGAACACGGAGGACGACGGCAAGUCGAUCACCUGCCGGGCCGAGAACCCAAAUGUCACCGGACUGUUCCUGGAGACGUCGUGGAAAAUCGAAGUCGUGUAUCCCCCGAUUGUCUCGCUGCGGCUCGGUUCGACACUCUCGGCGGACGACAUCAAGGACGGGGACGAUGUUUACUUCGAGUGUCACGUCCAGGCGAACCCCCCGUGGAGGAAAUUACACUGGCUACACGACGGCCUGAUGAUAACUCACAACGCUUCCGCCCGGGUGAUCCGCUCGAACCAGAGCCUGGUGCUGCAGAAGGUGAACCGUAACUCGUCCGGAAAUUACUCGUGCAGCGCAAUCAACGGCGAGGGCGAAACGGUCAGCAAUCAGCUGGCACUGCGGGUCAAGUAUGCCCCCGUUUGCGCGACGGACAAAAUCAUCAUCGUGGGCGCGUUCCGGAGCGAGUCGCUGCACAUCCCCUGUGAGGUCCACGCCGAUCCGCCCCCGCGGCAGUUCUUCUGGAAGUUCAACAACUCGGGCGAGACGCUCGAGAUCGGCAAGGAGCGGUACGCCAAGAACGGGUCGCUCAGCGUGCUCGGGUACACGCCCGUCUCCGACCAGGACUACGGCACGCUGACCUGCUGGGGCCAGAACGAGGUCGGGCUGCAGCAGUGGCCCUGCUUCUUCCAGGUGGUGCUGGCCGGGCUGCCAUCGACGGUGAAAAAUUGCACGAUAAACAAUCAAACGCAGAGCUCGGUCGAGGUGCAGUGCCUGGCCGGGUACGACGGUGGCUUGCCGCAGAUUUUCCUGCUCGAGCUGGUCUCCGGCCGGACGGGGCGGUUACGGUACAACAUGACCAACCCGGACGAGCCAUACUUUGUGAUCGAACCGCUCGAGACGUUGAUCCACUACGGCGGUAUGUACGACGAGGGCGGACUGUCCGCUGAUGACCACACGCUGCGGGCCAUCAUCUAUGCCGUGAACCAGAAGGGUCGCAGCCAGGGCGUGAUCGUGAAGGACUUCUUCCUGGAGAGCACCACCACCGAAAAUCGAGCCGUGCUCACCAGCAGCUCCUUGGACAGCGUUUCGCCGAUCCUGUUCGGUGUGCUGCUGACGCUGCUGGUCCUGUGCUUCGUUAUCUUCGUGCGGGUCUACUACAUCAAAGCGACCACGACGGCGACCACCAUCACGAACGUUAGCGCCGAUCUGGUGAAGCAGCACGGAUCCAAGCAGGACGCGUCCACUAAGAAAAACUCCAAGCAAAGUCCCCGGUGGCAGCACGGCGCAGGAGGAGGCGGAGCAGGAGCUGGUGGGGGAGGCGUUCCGGCAAGCGCCACGGGGGGACUCGGUUCCCAGGGCGGUCAUCACCAUGGUGGGGCGAUUGACGGAAAAUCCGACCCCUCGGAGGACGACAGGGGCGAUCCGGACGUGAUUCCGGCGCAGUUCGUUUCCAAUGAUGGGGAAGAUUCCAGCUUCAAUUCGUCCAAAUGGCCUAACGGGAGCUAUUACGAUCGCUAUCCGAACCAUGACAUACGACCGACGGAGCUGCUGAUACCCCCGGCGGGGCACAUGGCCCACAUCAGCGGCAGCAGCACGACGUCCACGCCGGUCAUCGUGGGUGGUGGCAGUGGCCAGUUGCGUCCUCCCUCGUCCGGCGGGCUGGGAGACCCCUCGUCGGUUGGUGGCUUCAAGCUGGGACCGUUCUACACGAGCUCCGGGCUGGACCACCAAGGGGGUGGACCGACGAUAGGACUGUACCAUCCAUCAAGUCAGCCGCCCGGUGGCCCGGUGCCCAACGGAGGAGGGACGAUGGGCGGAAUGGGUGGGGGUGGGGGUGGUGCCCAGGGAGUUAAUCCAAACGAUUACGACAUCAAUGUACAUACCAUCAAAAACAUGCUAAUGACCACGAGGGUACCCGAGAGUUGUGUCUAGUCUCGUGGUGCUGGUUGGGGGCUGGGUUUUCAUAUAGUGCGUGUGGGUGUUUGUGUGUGUGUUAGUCAAGAGUGUAAUUUAGCUAACUGUGUGAGAGGUUUUUAACUGAAAGUAGAUUAGGGUCAAUUUUCUGGAACGGAUUUGGUGCUGGCAGGAUUGUUUAGGGUUUCUUCAUUUUCUCACUGAGAUUUUAUUUUUUCAUGUUAUAUCGUUUCAUAGCUAACUGUAAAAUAAACUGCUAUUUCAAUCCUUUUUCAUUUCUUAUCACAGCAAAACAGACAUGAAAGUUUGAAAAUUUUCGUAAACAGUAUUUAACGUAAAAUGCUAGAGAGUCCUUGUCAGGAGUACGAUGCAUUUUAGUUUGCGAGUUAUUCUCUAAAAUUUAGUACUGUUCAGAAAAAAUGGGAACACGAAAAAAAAAUCACUUUUUAUCUCUAAAUUACGUAUUUUUUAAGAUUGUCAAGAUUCAAGAUUGGGGGACACAAAAAUGUACGUUGGAACUUAAGUUCCGAAAUAAAUACAUUGAAAGAACAAAAAACACGCCACUUUUAUGAGAUUUUUUGAUUUUAAAGUUUGAAAGUCAAAUUUGAAGGUAAGGCUACGAUUAUUUUUCGUUAAUUUUUUUUUUUU